AUGACGGGAUCUUUGGGAAGCCUUGGAGGCUAUGACCUGUAUGAGGAGCAAGUGUUGCAGGCUGAAGGCAUUGACGCCUGGUGGUGCCAGGUGGAACGCCUGGAGCUGGCCGCGGAGGAUACGGAGAGGAGAUCAGCAGAGGCACAAGAGCGCAGGGCCUCUGCACUGUGGCAGCCGCCAAAAGCCCGAGAAGCACUGCCCAAAGCAGGGCUUGUGGAAGCCCUGGAAUCGCGCUGGGCCAGCACUAAUGAAGAUGAGCUGUGCGACACCCGCGCAGCGGUGCUUUGCCACUUGGCGGAGACAGCAGACUUGACGCAGACCUUGAUUGACCUCCUGCUCGAGAUUUUCCAGCGAUGCAGGCAGCCAAGAGCCUUGGGGCACGUCGUCUUGGAUGCUGCCCAACGCCUCCUGCGUCGGCGCGACAAGGUGUUUUACGACCGGCCCUUGACGCGAGGAGCUUCAGCUAAGUGGCAGCAGCUGAUUGAAAGGGCUGCCAGCGGCAUGUUUUGUCCCAAAGUCGUGGCGAAGGCCUCCAAGCAACUGGGCAUGGAGGCGGUGGCCACGAAGGGUCGCCAGGAAUCCGUGGCUGAUCUUCUGGCGCGCUUCGAGGACUUCAACUUCCCCGAUCGACCCAUCGAGUCGACCCAUCGCGAGGCCACCUUAACAGGUGCCGUACAGCUUUGCACCUUGCGCUUGCAGCAGUUGCAGCGCCAGCGAGAGGCCCGAAGAUGCCGCGAGGAGACAGAAGACUCAGAAGACCAAGCUGAAACUGGGGGCUGCUGCUUGGGUGGCUUUGCUUGCGACUCCAACUGCUGCCUAGCAGUGUGUCGUUGUGAAGCAAGGUGCUGUUGCCGAUGCCGCUGCGACCUGCUGCUGCGAGUGGAUGAGGUGCAGCCCCUCUUCUUGUGGUGCGCGUCGCACGGCGAGCUGGCGCCAGCCAAAGCCCUUGCGCAGACGGAGCUUUGUGGCGCCAUUGCCCAGAGCUUGGAGGCGGACUUGGCGGCCCUCCUACAGGCCUCCGGCGUUUCCCUGGGCCGGCGGCAGCGGCGGCGCGUGAACGAGCCAAAGGCGGCAGCAGCGGCUCCGACUCCUGCGACUGCGAAGGAGGCCUUCCGAGCGCCUUUACCGCCCUUGGAGCUUUGGCCAGACGUGGAGCUGCAUUGGAUAGAGUGCUUGUCAGGUGUCUCUGAGGAGAUCCUGGCACGGACCCAGCUCGAGGGAGGUGUGAUUGCGCUGGAUGCGGAAUGGAAGCCCUUUCAGUCUGGAGAAGCACCAACGCCGAUGGAGCUGCUUCAACUCGCAGU